ACUCCAUAGUCAAGAGCAUUUUCCCAAUUUAAAACAAAGAAAUCACAUUGGAAAUAGAUAAAUGAGACAGGAAACCUGCCAAUUACUACCCACCAAACAUGAUAAAAGAGGCUUUUGGAGGUACAAACCAGUGACAGACAGACGGAAAGACAGGCAGACAGGAGAAGAGGAAGAGAUGGCAACAAGUUAUUGUUACAAGGAUGUUCUGCCAUUCACAGCUAUGGUUGCAGUAGAAUGCACAAAUGUAGGGCUAAACAUUUUAUUCAAAGCAGCAACUUUAAAGGGGAUGAGCUACUAUAUCUUUAUCACCUAUUCUUAUGCUAUGGGAGCUCUUCUCCUCCUCCCUUUAUCCUUCAUCUUUUCCAGUAGACCAGUGCUUCCCCCAAUGAAGUUCCAUCUUGUCUCUAAAAUUUUCCUUCUUGGGCUUUUUGGGUUUUUAGCUCAAAUAUGUGCAUACAAGGGUAUAGACUAUAGCUCCCCAACUCUUGCUUCUGCACUCGGCAAUCUCACCCCAGCUUUUACCUUCAUACUUGCUAUUCUUUACAGAUUGGAAAGGGUAGCCUUGAGAAGCUUAACCAGUCGAGCUAAAAUCAUGGGAACCGUAACAUCAAUAUCAGGUGCAUUACUAGUUGUUCUCUACAAGGGCCCCAAAGUUUUUUCAUCUCCACCAUGGACAUCAUCUUCUGUUUUACUUGAAUGGCCUUUGGAGUCAUCAGAAUCGAAUUGGGUAAUUGGUGGGAUGUUACUUGCUGUUGCCUAUCUACUUUUUUCAUUCUGGUACAUUAUUCAGAUCCAGGUCCUGGAGAUGUAUCCAGCUGAGCUGAUUGUAGCCUUCUUUUACAACUUAUGUGCUGCCAUUAUCUCUGCACCUGUUUCCUUCAUAGCAGAAUCAGACUUGAGUUCUUGGAGGCUAAGGCCUAGUAUAGCAGUUAUUGCAGUCCUGUACUCGGGUGUUUUCUCAUCCUUUAGCUCUCUUGUGAUUAUAUGGACCCUUCACGUCAAAGGGCCUGUCUACGUUGCAAUAUUCAGUCCACUGUCAAUUGCCAUUGCUGCUUUUAUGAGUGCCAUAUUCCUUGGUGAUUCUCUGCAUAUUGGAAGUAUUAUUGGAGCAGUUAUCAUUUCUAUGGGAUUUUAUGCUGUAAUAUGGGGACAGGCCAAAGAAGAAGAAAGCACUGAGGAUGACUCUGGCAUAACCAGCUUGGGGACCUCAUCCAAUGGUAAGGUCCCUUUGUUGCAAAGCCAAGAGGCAGAAUAUAUGUAGCAAAGAUUGGAUUGAAAAACAGUAGCAGUCUUCAAUGAUCCAUUAAUGCUCCCUGAAUCAUCAAAUAAUUUGUUUAAUGCCAAUGCAUAUACAAAAACCAAAAGCCUUAAAUAGUUUUUCAGAAUUUGGAUUUGAUCAGAGAAAAUGUAUCCUCUGUAGUUGUAAUUAUAAGAAAAGAUCAUCCAGUUUAGAAUAAAACAGUUGAUUUUGAGCCUGGAAUUUGGGCUUCCAAUGGACUAAUAUAUCAGGUAGAUAUUGGGUUGGGCUUUGGCUUUUUGUACCUGUUUGUUUUAGUAAAUUUGGGCCUACCGCUGGGGCUUUUAAU